CUAAGGUGUAUAAACAUAUAAUGGUGUGUUAAGUCUAUUCUAAUAGAAUUUGUAAUUAGAUAAUGGGCGAACAACAUGGAAGCAUAUUUGAAAUACCGAUGAAUAACCAGGAUUCACAAACACACGCAUAUAGUACCCUGACUACAGAAUGGACUAAAAAAACUGCUGACCUUUUUAGAGCAAGUAGAAACAGAGAUAAGAUAUUAUUACUCCUGAUAGUACUGCAGUUUAUUUGUUUAUCAGUGGCAGUUGCAUCCAUUGUUCAUUUCUAUGAACCACAUGGAUCAAAAGGCGUAAAAGGAAGUCCUGGAGAUUUAGGAGCUAUCAUGGAAAAAAGUGCAAGACAAGAAGGCCAGAUACAACAACUGACAAAAAAUAUUUCGGACCUUUCCAGCGCUCAUAGACAAUUUGAUUUAUUAGUUAAGACAGUUGGCUGCGAGGUUGGAUGGGAAAUGUUCAUGAACAGUUGUUAUUAUUUUGAAUUAGAAUCAGUGAAGACUUGGAAAGAUGCGAAGAUUGACUGUCAUAGCAAAGGAGGUUAUCUUGUAAAAAUUGACAACGCCGUGGAGAAUUGUUUUUUAAAAUCUUACUUGCAAAAUGAUAACGUUUGGAUUGGAGCAACUGAUAAUGAACAGGAAUCUAAUUUUGUCUGGGAAUCCGACAAUACAUCUCUUACCUUUACUGACUGGAAUCCUAAUGAACCUAACAAUGCUGCUCCAGGCGAGGAUUGUGCAUCAAUGGGUAAAAGGUGGGACUACCGAUGGAAUGAUUGGGCAUGUUCACUUUUAUUUUCAUAUAUUUGUGAGAAACAUUCGGAACUCGGCUGAUUUCGUGCCUUCAUUUUACGAAUAGACGGAGAGUAGAGGAUUAACCGGAGGAUUGCGGAUUGCGAGCAUCGGUUGCUGUGGAUUCAUUUAUUUUUUUUGGAUACCAGUUUUUGUGGAUGAAGGAAAACUUAAAUGUUCAUGGAUAUUUUAUUUCGUGGUUAUGCCGAAGUCGGCAUACAAGCCCAAUGAAAAUAUGUUAGUCGUUCAACACAUUAUUUUGUAUUUCAUGUGUACCAACGAAAUCCACGAAAAUUGGCAUCCAACGGAUAAAACAAGAAGCGAAUUCACAAUAUCAUACUCCGGUUUGCACCUACACGUUCAU